UCGGAUUCAUCCGAACCAGGAGGACGUGUCCGCCAUGAUAGACGAUCGCUGUCACGACGCCGUAAUGUUGUGCAUGGAAGUCCACAAGGAGCUGCAGGCAGACUGUCCGACUGAGGGUGAGUUAGCGACUAGUUUCAAUAUCGAGCCCCGCACACUCGGAGCCGAAUGCCUGGUGACGGUACGCGCUGAGUUAGCAGUCUUAAGCGACUCUCCGGUAAAAGUGGACAAGUCGGCGCCAUUGGAAACUGCGGAGGCUCGGAUGAAUCCGAACCAGGGCCCUGUAAGCAUGUCCCUCCCUGAUGCAGCUUUGGAGACGACCGUAAUUCGGAUUCAUCUGAGACACAGGGACGAAGGACUUCAAUUGGCAGGCGUUGACGGUUGUCGACUUCUGACGACUUUGGACAAGGACGAUUCCGCUGACGACCGGAUUGAUCUGACACUCAGCGACGUCGGGAUGGAGCAACCAGUUCAGCCGGCAUACGACGACCCCUUGUACUCCGGCCUUCACGACGAGGCGAUGGGAGAGGACGUUCUGAAGAAGUCCUCUGACGCUGUUGGAGAUAAAUUUCUCUAUUUGAGUGACGACGAUGAAGACACAGCGCACGAGGACAAGAAUUUAAGAGGGGGACAGGUGUUGUUGGACAUCCAUGGGACCUUGAGCACAACACAAUACGACACAGUGGCGAUAGAGAAAACCCGACCUGUCGUUGUUGUGGACGUCGACGCUCUUUGUCCAGAGACGGACAAACUAAAAUUGCCCGUCGCGGACGUGGAGGAUUUCCGCCAUCGGGAUGGGGAUGAACUUAUGUCGUCUUCGGUCAUCGACGCCGACAUCUCGAACCUAUCAAGUUUCCCUGUGGGUUUGGAGCACGUCGUCGCCUCGUCGACGCGCACGGGGGCGCCAAUCGUGCUUGGACUGCCAUCGGUGGGCUCUGGUGACGUGGAAGCUAAGCCUGGGUUUCCUCGAGAUGGAAGAGCAGUCCUUGAAUACGUUAUCUGCUCCCGGUUGCCGCUCACUAUCAUCGUCGCGCGUUUGCCGUCGCACAAUUUACAGGUAUCCGUCAAAGACAUCGUCGCACUCGUGGAUGGAUCCGAGGAGCUCAACGAUGAGGUCGUCAAUUUCUACAUGGCGAUGCUACUGGACGACUGCGGCCGGACUGCUGCUACCAAGAAGACGUACACCUUUAACUCUUUCUUCGCCUCUACACUGCUUCUGCGAGGUCCGGCAGUUGUUAGCAGAUGGGCUAAAGAUGCCGACCUCCUGUCUCAUGACCUUGUCUUAGCACCAGUGCACAAGGACGGCGAACACUAGAGUCUUUUGGCCAUUGACUUCUCUAGACGUGUUUUGGACAUC